UUCUAAUGUCUUUCAAUCAAGAGGGGCGUGAAUUGGAUGAAGAAAAUCCAUGCGAUCUUGGCCUGAGACGUUCAAAGCGCAACAAAUACCAUUUAGAUGUAGCAGCUGUUAUUAAAAGUGGUGGCUGCUCCUCUUCUGGGCGCAAUUAUUCCCCACCAGCGAAGAGAAAAUGGGCCUCGCGUCGGCCUGGGAUAUUACAAGCACCAAUUUUGAGAGAAGAAUCAGCAACACAACAACAGAAAGUUUCGCCCCGACGAAAUGACAAACGGAAACAACUGGAGAAACCAGUGGCACUUGAAAAGGAGAAAACAAUAAACAAGGAAUUAGAAUGUCAAAAGUACGGAAAAGAAGAGAGACAAAAUCAAAUUGAACAAUUAUCAAAUACAGAUGAUGAGGGAUCUUUAUUAAAACAAAAACCCGAAAUAAAAGCACAACAGGAUGAUGUUGUGACAAAUGACUCUACUUUAACAGAUGCUAUAAUUGAAGAUGAAAGUGAAUCCACUGAGUUGGUUGUUCCUACAGAAUUUUUGCAAAGCCCUGUUUUUUCUGAUCAGUCUUCAUGCCAAUUAAUUGGAGAAUUUAAACGAGUGCGCAAAGUACCGGUUCGACACAAGGACUAUUGCAGUGAUGUAGAAGAUGAUGAAGCCGAGGUGGAUGAUGAGGAGAGACUUUUUAAGGAUAUCAAAGUCGAAUAUAUGCUUACGGAUGGACCUAAUGUUUAUAAUCUUUUACGAGUUCAUGGAUUGAUUCGACGACGAGGAAAUCCAGCCUUGAUUUUGAAUGCUAAUACGACUGUGGGGUCUUUAGAAUAUUCUGGGCAAUUCCAUGUACUCGAUUCCAGCAUCCAAACAAAUAACAGCAUAGGAAUUGCACCAAACACUCUUAAUAACAACGUACACGACCAGAUGGAAGUUGUUCAACAAAAUAUUCACAGCAGAAUCGACUCAAAUAUAAAAAUGGAAGAAGCUCGAGGUGAAGAUUCAUGUGAGGAACCAAUAAUUGUGAUAAGUUCGUUGGAUGAAAUUAAUGCAGCGGGCAAUGCUGACCUAUUAACUACAAGACAACCCUACGGUGACACUUGCUUUCCAAGUGGAAGUAAUGUUGAAGAUGUCAUGCCAAUUCUUGAACAGAUAAUGCCUACAGCGAAUACUUUGCAUAUAUCAACUGGGAAAGAAUUGACAAUUAGCGAUUUAGAUAUGAAGACGGGGAAAGGGGAAAAUAAAAUAUAUAUUGCACAAAAUAAAAGGAGAGAAGAAAAGAAAGGAAACAAGCGAUUAUUGAAUUUGGAUGCUAUAGCGGGUCUGAAAGAUUUGGAUGAAAAUAGUUUAUAUAUAAAAAAGGAGAGUAAUAGCACAAAGAUUUAUGAUCGUAACACUGUGCACUGCCCAAAGUGUCCGUUCCGAACACAGAGCAGACUUCGUUUAGCACCGCAUAUGACUGGACACGAAAGGCAAGAUCAAACGAUAUUUUAG